AUGCCCUUCCACGACCUUAAUGUGCCGUACACCUCUAACCACGCCGACCUGUCCAACACUCUCGCCUUCCAUGGCGAACUGGGCUACGGCGCGGUCGCGCUUGCCCUCUCCGUGACAGGGAAACUUCCCUCUCAGCCACAACCUGUUCCUGUCUCGCAACUCACCAUCCCCAAAUCCAUCACCAAGAUCCUCACCCGCCUGACCAUCACCAUCUCCGACGCAACGCAGAAUCACCGAUUAACAUCUUUCCAGCCACACUACGAUCUCCUUGCCCUGCGGCCCACUACCGAGAAAGCCCUCCAACUAUGCUGUAACAGUCUUGACUGCGACAUCAUCUCGCUCGAUUUCGGCCAACGCUUGCCCUUCAUCUUAAAAUUCAAGACCGUCGCUUCGGCACUACAGCGUGGUAUUAGGUUCGAAAUAUGCUAUUCGCCGGGAAUUUCUCCGUCUUCCUCAUCUGGUGGUGGCAGUAGCAGCAGCAGCAAUGAUGCGCGCAGGAACUUAAUUGCGAAUGCGGGGUCUUUAAUCCGUGCCACUCGCGGGAGGGGAAUCAUCCUAAGCAGUGAUGCAAGGAACGCCUUGGGGGUGCGUGGUCCGUACGAUGUCAUCAAUCUCGCACAAGUUUGGGGGUUAGGUCAGGAGCGGGGGAAGGAAGCGUUGUGCGAGGAAGCCGGCAAAGUGGUGAGAUUGGCUGGGAUGAAGCGCACGAGCUUCCGAGGCGUCAUCGAUGUCAUUGAUGGGGGUGGAGGCCCCGAUGGGAAAGUUGCGUCGACAUCAGCUGUGUUCAAGACUACCUCAACAAUUUCCCUCGGACCAUCACCGAUCGUGGCAAGCAAACAGAGCAAGCAAGGGGUAAGCACGCCUUCCUCAGACACCAACGGCACGAAGCGAAAAGCAUCCAACACCUCACUCAACGGUCAGUCUACCACUGGCCCGGUCACGGAGGAAACCCAUUGCCUGUCCAAGCGUGAGCAAAAGCGACGCGCGAAGAAAGCGAGGAUGGAGGGGAAAGCGCAGGAGCAACUACCAUCUGGAAGCUGA